GAAAAAGAUGAACUACAGACGUUUCAAUAAGAAACGGCAACUAAGGACAAUUGAUGAAGAUACUUCAAUCAAUUUGCUGCGUCCGGUCUUGUCGGCUGUGAAUGCCAGCAACAAUGUCAAUAAUACCACAACAGAAGCAACGAUCGAGCCGGCGGGCAGUGAGGAAAACAUACCCGAAUCACAGGAGCAGACUCAGCGGUUCUUGUCGCAACGCAGCAUGGUGCUGGCCGCCACCCUGGGACGCACCCAAUCCUCUUCGCGUGUCAAUUGUUCCCGCCAAGCAAACAGCUACUUUGAGUUGGAGCUUGUGAAGGCGGGUGUACAAUUGGAUGAAGGCGAUACGUUCGUGUUGCCCUGCGACCACAUAGCCAUUGUCGCGAAGCUGCGCGACAACCUCGUACGCGCCCAUAACUAUCCCGAGAACGUUUACAUGUUCAAGACUGGCCUCAGUACUGCUCUGUCGUCUACAUCGAAGUUGGCGCAAAAACUGCUUACUGGCUGCACUAUCGAUUCUUCGGGCGAAGAUCUGGUUUAUCAAUCGCAAAGCAGCAUGUUCGUCAACUUUCUUAUUAUUGACUUUUUGCGCGAGCCUUGUUUGGCAGUGCUGCUGGACAAGAUCGAGGAGGUGGCUUGCUCGGAGCGUGAACAGCUACCGCAGGAAAGUUUUCCCAUGCUGCCUCUAAUGUUGGCACAGCUGCGCUUCGUCACUUUUUCGCACAGUGAAGAAAUUUACGAGCGCAUCAAGUCCAUUUCCAACCACGCUACACAUUCGUCCAUGUUGCACAUUAUAGGGUGUGCGGAGUUUCUCUUGGAUGGGAGCAAGCACGAUGAGUUUGUGGAUCUUUUAAUUUCAAAGUACGCCAACAGCAAGCAGCUCUUCCAGGUAGCCACGGUGCAGGCCUUCGGGGACUUGUCACUAAACGCCAGAACUCAGGAUAAGCUGCGCACACGUAUUUUGGCCUUUGUCAAGGAAGGUCAUUGCCCAAAUGCAACGUUGCCCCAUCUCGUGCGACUGUUGCUGAAUAGCUUAAAACAGGAUGGCGAUGAAAUUUUGCGUGAGAUUGUCGGUGUGCUGCGUGAAAUCUUCAACUCACUCCAAAAAACAGACGCAUCGAAUUCAAGUACCAACAUUGGCAACGACAAGCCGUUGCAAUUGGAGCUCUUUAACAACCUUCAAGUUGGACUUAUUCGGUCCAAGCGAUUCUAUCAGAUGUGGCAGAAAACCAUUGCUUCCUUGCCCUCCAACAGCCUUAAAUCCUUUGACCUGAUCAUGCUACUCCUACUCAUACACGUUAAGGAGGACAAUGAGUUUUUCAUUGAGAAUAUACUGCGCAGGCACAUAAAGCUGGAGCACAUAACUGUGAACAUAUUGUCGGACGCCAAAACUCACUAUUCGUACAUGCUGGAGCUGCUUAUAGGCACAUUGAUGAAUAUAUUACAUGAUUUUAUGCGUGAGAAAAAUCCAGCUGUGGCUGAGUUCGCCAAAUCGUCGUACAGCAUACUCUUCAAAAUUUGCGGCUCGAUACAAAAGAACAUUAUUAGGAAGCUGUUGGAGUUAGCUUGUGACAAGUCUGUGCAAAACUCGAUGACCAUGGCACUCAGCUUGCUUUGUGAUUUGCAACGCAAGUACGCCAAGGAUAUGCAGAACUGGGCCACAAUGCUUCUACCUCUACUGGAACGCUUAGGCGAGUUGACACUGUCGCAGACGCGCAUGGUGAUGGAACUGGUAUGUCGUGUGGCGCAUCCCGCAGACCUUAGUGAGGAGUGUUCAGCAUUGCAGGAGCAAGUUGAUAUGCUGGUGAAGAAGCAGCUGAUCAAUAGCUCAGAGUUUGUCAAGAAACAGGGCAUUAUCGGAUGCGUGCAGCUUAUCGAUGCAAUUGCACGCGUCAAUCCUGUUUGUGCGCCAGAUGAAGAUCUGCAUACAACCAUUGAUAGCAUAAGUGGUUUGCCCGAGGGACGAGGAAAGCAGGCAGCUAAUUUAUUGCUCUUUACACAAUCAUCCAUCACACACAGUGCCGAAUCUUUGGCGUUGUUUUACGAUGAAAUGGAAAGCGUUUUCAAUACGCGCCUCGACGCGGAGAAUGGGUACCAAUUGGACAAAUUAUUUAUCUCAUGGCUAUGUGAACUGAUGACUCAUUAUUUUCAACAAAAUUUUAUAACCGAACAUCAAGCCGACAGCAUCAAUGGCAUUAAACUGGACUAUUUGAAAUGCAUAAACCAGUUGGACGAAUCAUGUGCAGAUACUGAGUCUGAAGUGCUCAAAAUUGGCAUUAACAUAGCCGAGUUGAUUUUUGCGCCAGAUAGCAGGUACUUCUCUUUUUUUCACAGCGCCAUUAGCUCUAUUUUGGUGCUCGCCCCACUCUUUAAUUUUAUGGGUAUGCUGCAUAUGGAACGGCACGAGAAUAGCCUGGAGGCUAUCAAUGCGCUGCUUGGCUGCGCCUUAGUACUGCCCUCGUUCUUUGAUAGUAGCAACUAUUUGGCCAUCUUCGACAAUUACGAUGCGGCACAGCAGAAGCAGUUAUUAUAUAUAUAUUUCCAAACAGUCAACUGGAUGCGUGUCACGAUCUGUAGAUUUGCGACACAAAGGCACACUAGUACUCGCCAACGAGUUUUGGUGCGUUUGCACGAUUUGAUAAAGACAGAGCAGAUGAUUAAAGUGUUACUAUCACAUGCACCUGUGGAUUUUGCACCGCCACCCAGCGAGUUUCGGACAACUGGAGCGUCGGCUCAGCUAACGGCAUUGCGUAAGCCGCGAGGUAAGCCGUCAGGCAAACGAGGAAAGUGCAAACCCAUUGAUGAGCCCAUGGAUACGUUGGUCCCUAAUGAGCUUGGCAAUCAAACCAGAUUGGGUGAUGUGACUGUUAGACUCGCGGCAUGCAAGUCGAAAAAAGUCAAAGUCGACUUCGAGCAGUUGUAUGGACCGUUGGAGAGAUAUAGACAGUUGAGCGAGAACAUUACAAUGAUAUUGGAUGAGCCGCUUAGUCUGCACCAUCCGCUGGAGGCAGAGGAAGUUGGCACGCAUUUGGGACUGCCGGAGCUUCGUUUUAUUCUAACCGAUUUGGUUGAAAAGCUUGAUGCCGUCGUCAAUGACAAACAGGAUACGAACGUCUCUUCUUUGAAACCCAUGCACUUCAUGAGCGACAUUUCGCAUCUGCUGCACAAUGUAGUUAACAACUUCGAGUCUCUCGCUAAGCUCAUCAAUGAGCAGCUGGAGAAGGUGAAUCAACUGCACAGCAAUUUGGAUCUAUUUACCGAACACUUCAACUAUGUGAAGGUGUGCUUUGGUCUCACCAUACAGGUGUUUGCAUUGUUUUUCUCAUGGAGCGGUUGGAGCGAUAAAUCACUUGCCAUGCAGUUGAUGAUUGGUGUGGUGUCAUUCUUUCCCCCCGAGAAGCGUGAACGGAUCAAGAAGAAGCCAGUUAUCGAUGCUGUAGCCAAGGUUUUCAAUUAUUUCCUAAAAUAUGAGCCCUCUGUGCUCACUCUGAACGCAGCCGUACAGUUCGACAAGCUGUUGCGCAGUCUCCGUAAACUUUGCUUCAGUGGCGAAGACGGCUUCGAGCACAUUGAACGCCAAACUGAGGAAAUACGAGAAAUUUGUGGCAAGAUGUUGCGUCGCAAGUGGUAUCACUAUUCUGCAAGCCCUGAGAAAGGAGCGCAGUGUAACAUCUACCUGGAUGAGCUGGUCAAGGGUUUCUUUAAGAACUCAUCGUACAUACGUCAAAAGCAUAUAUUGCGGGACCUGCUGGAUGAGUGCCAGCUACUGAAUACAAAAGACAAGGCUCUCAAUUCGUUCCCUAAUUUUAAAAAAGCAAACUUUCCGCUGCUAUUUCGUGGUCUGUGUGAGACUCUAACAAGUUCGUUGAGCGCACAAUUGAACGUGACAAGUGGUGAGGAUCGCUUUAAGCUUUGGGAAUCGAACGUUUUCUUGUUAAACGGUCUGUUGGAUAUUGUGCAGACGGUGGAGCAGCCCCGGAACUUUGUUCUGUUUUUGCGACACGCGCAGCUGUUCCUCAAACUGUUGCUGAAGCGCGGCCUCUCGGUGCUUGAGAGCACCUUGCGUGAGAAUGCGGAGCGCAUUGGCUCAUUUUUACGCAAUUUGCAGACAAUUACCAGAUUUUUGCACCAGCUCUGUUGCCAUUCAAAAUAUAUUAAGAACACGACUGUCAUCAGCUACAUUCCCGCCCUACGUGAAACGGUAGAAGCCUUAGUUUUUCAAGUGAAAGCUCUACUGGCUGCCAACAAAUGCCACUCUGUUUUCGCCAUGGGAAAUUUGAUUAAUAAGGAUCUGCAUGGCGACGCAAUUGUUAUGCCUAUGGUUUCCUAUGCCAACACAACCACAGAAGCGAAUAGUGAUGAGGAAAUACCCGAAGAUGAUGCGAGCGUUGAUGAGACUGUGCUCGGCGAAGAAAUGACUUCGGCUGCAAGUUCCUCCAACACGCGCAACACUCGAAGCAAAUCAUCGUCACGCAGCAAAUGCUUUUAAUAUAUUGCAAUUUAUCACAUAUUAACCAUUCUGUUUCGCUGUUCAUUGUGUUCAUGAACGGCUUUAAAUUAAUCAAGGACGUAUCUUAGUCCGUAAAAAUGUUAUACUUACAUGUUACGAUUAAUGAAUAAUUAAAUACAGGACUACAUCAUGUCGUA